AUGUCCGAGGAGGCUUCGGGACCCCCCCUGCAGAGCCCCCAUGCCGAGACACCAGAGCAGGAUGGGGCUGAGAUGCUGCGCCUCAAACAGCAGCUGGAGGCCGAGUUUAACCAGAAGAGAGCAAAGUUCAAGGACCUCUACAUGAACAAGGAAGAGGAGCUGAAGAGACAGACCUUGGCUCUGGAGGCCUCGCAGCUGGAGCUUUCGUCGCUGCAGGCUCAGCUGGAGCAGGCCAGAGCUGAGAUGGAGACCAUCAAAGCUGUGGCCACAGUGUCAGAAAACACCAAGCAGGAGGCCAUCGACCAGGUGCGCAGCCAGUGGCAGGAGGAGGUGGCAUCUCUGCAGGCCAUCAUGAAGGGUACGGACACCUCUCUGCAGCCUGGCGGGCCCCUGGAGACCCCUGGACUUACUAGCAGCCUGUAG